CUUGGCUGGCAGUUCUAUCCUCUCUUCCUCUCUUCCUCUGCCAAAUCAAAUAUAUACUGCCUCGAUACGUGCACCUGUCUCGCAUCUAAAUCUUGGUGGAUGAUCAGUGACGAUCGAUAUUAACGCAAGUUUUUCAGCGGUCGUUGCAUCUCGGAGAGAUCUUGGAUUCAGCGCGAUGAUAGGUUUAUCGGUGACUGAGCUCGUUGGUCCGAGAUCACAAUUUGACAUUCCGAUCCAGGAUACGAUGGCUGCUCUUGGAAAAGUUUCGGUCGCUCUGAGCCUGCAAAUUCGGCAUCGCCCCAUCAUUCCUGGAUUGCCUGACGAUGUGGCGAAGCGCUGCCUCGCACUUCUUCCCCGCAUUGACUUCCCCCUCGCGGCGGCGGUUUGCAAGGCGUGGAGGUCGUUUAUCCAGAGCGAGGAAUUUCUUGCCAUUCGAAAGCAGGGAAAUAAGCUCGAGGAAUGGAUGUUUGUCUUGACUAGCGAUGCCGGAAGGAGCCAGAGGCGUUGGGAGGUCUGGGGAGCCUCAGGAAAGAAACUGAAGGUGCUUCCGCCGAUGCCUGGCCCGGUGAAGACCGGGUUCGCCGUCGCCGUACUGGAGUCUAAGUUUGUCGUUGCGGGUGGAUACGUCGGCGCCGUCGUCGAUGGCGGCUCGGAAAACGUGUCGGACGAUGUCUAUCAAUACGACUCGCGGCUUAACAGAUGGAGCUCGCUAGCCAAGAUGAACGUUGCCCGUUACAAUUUCGCAUGCACUGAGGUGAAUGGCCUGAUAUAUGUUGUCGGAGGAGUUGGAUCCAAUGGAGAAAUCUUAUCGAGUGUUGAAGUUUACCACCCGGGGAAGAACAUCUGGAGCUUGGUCGAAAGCCUUCGCCGGCCGAGGUGGGGUUGCUUUGCUUGUAGCUUCGACGGCAUGCUUUACGUGAUGGGUGGCCGUUCUAGCUUCACAAUUGGGAAUUCCAAGCUGGUCGACAUCUAUAGCCCAGAGAAAAAGUCUUGGUGUGAGAUGAAGAAUGGUUGUGUCAUGGUGACUGCUCAUGCCAUGUUAGGCGAGAAACUGAUCUGCAUGGAGUGGAAAAACCAGCGUAAAUUGGCUAUCUUUGAUUCGGUCGAUAAGUCAUGGCACAGUGUUUCCGUGCCAGUUUCAGGGAGUUCGGCUGUGGGGUUUUGCUUUGGGAUAUUGAACAAUAAGUUGUUGCUUUUCUCGAUGAGUAAAUUCCCUGGAUAUAAAACUCUGUUGUAUGAUCCAGGUGCUCCAGUUGGAUCACAAUGGCAGCAAACAUCUUUGUUUGGGCCUUCUGGUUUUUGUUUGUGCAGUGUAACCAUAACAACGUGAUGAGUAAUAAUAAUAUUAUUAUUAAUAAUGAAAGCAUAGUUCAUUACUG